AUGCUCGACCAAUUCUCCGUCAACAUCCUUACGGGAAAACAUCGUAUCGACGUCUUCCACAUUUUGAUUGGUGACCUCGUAUGGGUAUACACCCUACUGCCAUCAACCAAGUUCAUGAGAGAAGGUCUCCCCUACCCAGAAACCAUAGAAGAGGCGAGUCACCACCGCAAGCCUACCAUAUGGCGCGUGGACAAAUUUGCUCUUGUUCACCGAGACCUCAUUGAGACACUCGGAUACAUCGUUUCUGUCACGUCACAAGCUCAACAAUCCUUUCAGAUUUGCAUGAAGGGUCACCGCACUUUAGUCACGGUGAAUAGUAAUCGCCUCGAUCCCGACGUAGAGUUCGCACGCCUCCGUGCCAAUACCUUCAUCACUGCCGAUUUUCGCCCACGACAGUUGGAUUACAUGCUGUUCGCAUGUACUCCUAAAGCCAACGCCUUUAACGAGCUUCGGGAAUGUAUGGCAGACCUCCAAUACUUCCCAAGUCCGCCACCUGCUCCAUCGGGUAUACGUCCGACCUCUCAAACACAUCAGCAGCAGGUUAACAGCAAACUCACCGAAUUCCGCAUGUUUCAAUCUAAUCCACGCGAGGUAAUGCCCUUCUUAGAGUCCCUCUACGGCACCACCGUAGGAACGUUAUCCGCAUGUGUAGCUGAAAACUUGGAUACUUCCUCGCACCCUGCCAUCUGGACAACCCCCAAUAUCAACGCGUAUCCCACUCUUGCAACCUUCCAGAUACCCAAGGUUAGGAAAACCGGCUGGACUGCAGGCCAGCAAAUAGAGGGAGCAUACCAAACCGACAUUAUUCGUGCCCGCAUUGUGCAUAUCACUCCCGCCGAAGAGCAUAUCACAGUUACUGCACAGAUCCAUCCACAGGAUACCCCGCGCUUCCGCAUUUACAUCACGCGGUCGCAACACUGCCGUAUUUCCGCCGGGACAUACCUUCAUAACCUCGCCGAGGACAAGUCCAAUCCCAUACUGACACUGCUGGAGGGCACGUCAGUUUCGCGCCUAUUUACUCCCCAGAGUAAGGCUUGGUCGGCGGCCCGUGCAAUUUUGUCGGGGGACGUUACCCUUUCGGGCGAACCCGCGAAAACGCGAAAGAGCAUUACAGCCGUUGUCGGAGGUGAACGCGUUGUCUUAAAUAGUCAUCAGGUUAACGCAAUAAAUUGGUUCCACAAGGAUUUGCCCCUCCUGAUUAUUGACAGUGCAUAUGGAGCAGGCAAAUCACUGUGCACCACACUAAUGGCAGUAGAGGCGGUCAAAAAGGGUAAAACGGUACUUAUCGCAGCAGUACAGAACACCGCAUUGGACGUUAUCUGCUCAAAAUUAGCGCAGAUGGACACACCCGACAUGCACCCGGUCCGGUAUGUAAACGAAAUGCUAGCACGCGAUACCCUUCGUACCGGCCCUUACGACAUUGCUGCGAUUAUGGAACGGCUACCCGUAACGCAUAGCGAUCGUAUGGGUCCAUCCACAGCUGCAAUGUUUCGCGCCUUUGCGGACAAGCGCCGUCGCCUUCGAGAGUUUCUCUUCACGGGCGUGGAACAAAAUCUCAUGGCGUCUGAACAUAAAACCCUCUUGUUCCUCGAAGAGGCCAACUCCGAGCGCGUUAAGGCCCUCACCUCCAAGUUCCUUAAAAUCUAUCAACCCAACAUCUUUAUAUAUGCACUAUCGCCUCGGCCAUUAACCUUACCACCAAGGAAGGGUUAUGGCGCCGCUCAUCUAGGAAAUGGGACACCGUACUCCUCGAUGAAGCAUCCAUGA